GAUGGCAAAUUGUUCUUUUCCGCCAUCGAACUAACGACUAACAAGUUAGGGCAUUUUCAGGGGAGCUGAUCGCACUUUUAACUGGAACUAAACCGUGUAUUUGAAGCUAUCGUCUCAGUCAAUUUCCCAGUUAUGACGAUUGCAGAAGAUGGGGCGCCCCGUUUAGCCACUGACGGCUCCGCGAAUGUCCCGGCUCUAGUGCUCCAUUCUGACGGUAGAUGGCAGUGCUAUCGCCGGCGCUGCGGCGCGAGCAACCGCGAGGCCGCGAACUCAGUGUUCCGUCAUCGUUGUCCGUGGGUUGUGCUGUGGCUGGUCGAGAGGCCGAGGGCCGGCGAUUGAGCCGCCAGGAGAGCGACUGGGGAGAGGAGAGGAGCAGUCCUCUGCGCGUGGAGAUCUGAAACAGAGGAGUCGAGUAGUCGUCUGAGAGAACUACUGAAGACCACCAAGUCAGCAGACUCGUAAUCUUCGGCUGUUCGUGGACUCCACCCCUUAUCCGGGACGGGUGAAUCCCGUACCCUUCUUCAACCACAUCUCUCCACUGUGGACAAACCUCACCCAGCCGAGUCCACGGAUCCCCAAUGAAGGCCUCCAAGAGUCGGAGCGAGGCGAGCCUGGCGCCAGCGCCGGCACAGUACGCCUCCACGCCACACCUCUUCGUCUUCCAGAGUAACGACGACGCGGCGGUGCUGCGUAAACCGGAGCCGAUCUACCAGUCGGCGGCUGACAUCAGGGCCGGGCGGCGCCUCUCGGCCGCGCAGACCAUCUCGGAGAAGUACGACUCGUAUCACAGUCUGGCCAGAGAUGAUGAGCCGCUAGCUGUUGAUGAGGCGGACGUGGCGCAGAUCGAGGCCUUCUUCGCAGGACAUAAGACGCAGGUAAUCGUUUGCCGAGCGCUGGCCAACAUGUACCUCAGCUCCGAGUCUAACUCGUGGGAGCUCAAAUACACCGGCAUCCCUGCACUCGUAGUCGACUCUGGCAACACACGCAGCCGAGGACGACGGCAGGUUCAGCUCGUCCUCGCCGAGAAGGGCACCAGCUUCAUGCUAUGGCGUGACCUGGUGGACUCCAUGUCCUCCUACUCAUCUCCUGACCCCAGUUUCCACACGAUGCACCUCUCCACCGAUCGUCGACAGCGGGUUGGACUGAGCUUCGAUGAUGUGGAAGCCGCCAGAGCGUUUCAGACGCAGCUGACAGCCAUCUGCGCCGAAGGAGACACGACUGCGACGACUCCGGCGCAGCGGAAACGGAGGAAGAAGGAGGGGCGGCCGGCGCGGCCACGUAAGGAGGACAUCUCGCAGCCCUGCUGCUUCCAGCACGUGAACAGCGUGACUCUGAGGGACAUGGAUCGGUUCUAUACGCUGCAGAGCCUCAUCGGCAGCAGGGUCACGUGAUCGGACACCCUCAGCGACCACCGGGUCACAUGAAUGGACCUGCACAUCAGCAGUCCAGUCACGUGAUUGCCGGAAUUCAUCAACGUCGGGUCAUGUGAUUCUAACUCGUGCCGGCAGCCCCGUCACGUGCUCACCGGGCCUCAUCGUUUUCCGAGCCACGUGACUGAAUAUCUCGCAUGGACACCGUGUCACGUGACCCUGGCCGGGUCAUGUUCGGCCGUGCUGAUGGCUGCUUUCCCCGGCGUGGCAGUGACCUGUGCGGUGUCUCCGGCCGGAACUGUGCUAGCCCGCGCCGGUGGCCCCCGGCACCGGGAUGAGAUUCAUUUGUAUUCAGCGUGCGAGUGUGUCUUGUCAGCACAAAGAUCGCAUAGGCGGUGGUCUUCGAGCUGCAAAGUGCCGAAAGAGGAAUGGGUAUGGGGCAGACGCUUGCACAAACAGGGUGAUUUGGUGGGCGCCGCUGAAGAACAAAAGGCGAGCAUUAAGUGUGUGUUUUAUCGAGAAUGGUGUGCGCAACAGCUGCUGUGACGUUUGAAUGUGACGUGAGCUUGUGACGCGAGCCGUCACACUAGGAAUCACACCAGGCAGCGUCACAUAACGUGUGACUCUGUUUUGGUGACGACUCCGGCGCCUGAUUUGCGAUACAGCAGCGUAAAAAGUGAGCGUGCGAUCCAAUCUGAUGUGUGUGAUACCGUGUUUAAACCCGUGACAACGAGUCAGCGUGUGUGCUGUCGUGAGACCUUCGCGACUUUUGGUGUGUCAUUCUCAUUACCUGUACGACGCUGUGGUUCAAGCACGUAUCAAUCGUUGACCUUGGCCUGACCUGAGAGUUCUUAUGUCCGAGUGGGUUGUGAUCGCUCUCGGAUGACCCCGAGGCGUGACCUUGUGACCUUUCGGUUCUUUGACGGGCCCGCUGGACACCGGCCUGAUAAAUGACCCUCACGACUGAACGGCCAUUGUGCGACCGGCCUGGCUGCGUUCAAAGUCGCACCAGCCGGGUGAAUGACCUCCCGGCCCGGUCCAGCUUGUGAGGGUGUGGGAAAGAAGUGAAAUGUGUACUAGUCAAACAGCUGCUGGUGACCAUCGGGUGGCUAAGGGUCGCAGCCGCAGCGAGGCAGAUGCGAGGGUCGCCUGUGCUGAAUAUUCAUAACCAUGGUUGUUUAUUGAUACAGCUGUUUGCGGAAAACACAGUGUACGUUUGUGAAUCGUUACAUGCCACCAAGCUGGAGAAUAAAGCCAGUGACAGUAUGGAAAA